ACCAACACAGCUACAACAAAAAGUGGUUUCCUGCUUGUGGGAGGUUGGUGUAAACCUGCAACCAUGAAGUUCUUGAUCCUUAUUCUUGUGUGUCUACAACUAUCAGAGGGCUUGGUGCGGGUCCCCCUGAUGAAAUCCAAGUCCAUCAGACAGAACAUGGCAGAGGCUGGCGUUUUGGACAAGUAUUUGCAGACACAUAAGAUCGACCUGUCCAGCAGAUAUAGAGGAUAUGCUGUUGUUACUGAGUCCAUGUACUUUGAUACAUAUUACUAUGGGCCAAUCAGCAUCGGAACACCUCCUCAGAAUUUUCUGGUUCUUUUUGAUACUGGAUCCUCAAAUCUCUGGGUCCCAUCUAGCUACUGUCAAAGUUCAGCCUGCACAAACCACAAUGUGUUUAAACCAAGUCAGUCCUCUACUUAUUCCUCAAAUGGACAGAAAUUCACCAUGGGCUAUGGUGGUGGGAAUGUAGCGAGCAGCGUCACUGGUCUGUUUGGAUAUGACACUGUUAGUAUCCAAGGAAUUUCCAUCACCAACCAGGAAUUUGGAUUGACAAUCACAGAACCGACUUCAAACUUUUACUAUUCUCCAUUUGAUGGCAUUUUGGGGUUGGCUUAUCCUGGCCUCUCUGUAGAAGGGGCUCAGACAGUGUUACAGGGAAUGAUGCAGGAGAACUUGCUAAAUCCAUCAAUGUUCAGCAUUUAUCUGGGCAGCCAGUCAGGAGAAAUUAUUUUUGGAGGCGUGGACUCUAAUCUUUACACUGGUCAGAUCUACUGGGCUCCCCUUUCUCAGGAACUGUAUUGGCAGGUUGCUCUUCAAGAGUUCUCCAUCAAUGGACAAGCUACUGGGUGGUGUAGCCAAGGUUGUCAGGCCAUUGUAGACACUGGAACCACACAGCUCAAUAUCCCCCAGACAUACUUGACAAAGCUGCUGCCAUACCUUGGCAUUCAGACCCAAAAUGGAGGAUAUUAUGUUAACUGUAACAAUCUACAGAACUUGCCAACCCUCAGCUUUACCAUCAAUGGAGUUUCCUUCCCCCUUCCCCCAUCAGCCUACAUAAUACAGGAGAAUGGCUACUGUUACGCAAACUUCCUAAACCUCAGCCUUCCUGCUCAGAAUGGACAACCUCUUUGGAUUUUGGGAGAUGUCUUCCUAAGACAGUAUUAUAGUGUCUUUGAUUAUGGAAACAACCAAAUUGGAUUUGCUUCAUUAGCAUAAGGAGUGUAUAGUGGAUUUACAGUAAUGGAAAAUACAGACAUAAGUGUUUCAAGUUACCAAUUACAUCAUUCAGUAGACAUUCAGUAGACCCUAAAUAAACUGCCAACAAAAUUA